AGGGCCCUUCUGACAGUGAAGGCAGCUCACUUUUCUCCUCCUCUUAAGCUAAUACACAUUCACUGAGGUGUCUUCUGAAACCCACGCCUCCUAUCAACUUGUCUGUGGUUGUUUUUUUCUCUCUGCUCCGCUGGGAGACCUUCUGAGAAGCAGCCUUCGCAGCACCUUUCCCGAAGCUCCCAAGUCAGUACUAUUACUCUUAUACCAUGCAGUAAGGUGUAUGCGUGAUGGCCUGCGUCUGUCCAUGAAAAGAAUUCGCUGGGGUUAUUUACCUGAGAAGGGGGCAGGACAGUACUGGGCCUUGCGGAGGUCAAGGGCUCACCUUCGGCGUGUGAACGAAAACCAUUGAAUCGACGACGCUUCACCACUUUUUUUUUUUAAAAAAAAAAAAGAAAGAAAGAAAGAAACCAGAAUACCGUCCUUCAUGGCAUCCUCCUCGGAGGCUCGCGACACGCCUCGACAUAUCCCCUGUCCAUCAAACCCUAUCCUGCUCGCCGCACAGUCCCAAUGGCUCUUUACCGAUGAAGAGCUGACCCGAGCGCCGUCGCAGCUUGACGGCAUGGCCCUGGAGGUGGAACAUACAAGUCGUAGUAAGGGGGUCAACUUCAUCACUCAGGUCGGGAUCAUGCUCAAGCUGCCGCAGCCCACGCUCGCGACGGCUGCGGUGUACAUGAAUCGGUUCUUCAUGCGGUACAGCAUGGUUGAUCUUCCGCAGCGGCCGGGCAUGCACCCGUACCCCGUGGCUGCGACGUCGUUAUUCCUGGCGACCAAGGUGGAGGAAAACGUGCGCAAGAUGCGGGAGUUCGUCGUGGCUUGCUGCCGGGUAGCUCUCAAACAGCCGAACCUCAUGGUGGACGAGCAGUCAAAGGAGUUUUGGAAGUGGAGGGAUACCAUCCUGCACCACGAGGAUCUACUACUCGAGGCGCUAUGCUUCGACCUGCAGCUCGAACAGCCGUACCGCAUUCUCUACGAUUUCAUCUGCUUCUUCGGCGUGAACGAGAACAAGCCUCUGCGCAACGCCGCAUGGGCCUUUGUCAACGACUCGAUGUUUACUGUUCUUUGCCUACAGUUUACCGCGCGGGUCAUCGCCGCCGCAGCGCUGUAUGCGGCUGCACGCCACUGCGAUGUUGCCUUUGGCGACGACGUGGCCGGCCGCCCCUGGUGGGAACAGGUCGAUGUCGACCUUGCCGAGGUGCGCAGGGCCUGUACCCGGAUGGCGAAGCUAUAUGAAAACAACGCCAUGCAGCGGCACAGCCAGCAUUACCCGACGACACCGAUCCCGAUGGAAAACGCCUCGGAGACGACCAGACGGGCCUACCAGUCCGCCGAGCCACAAGACGGGGCCGGGCGGAAGCGGUCGCGAGAGCCGUCUCAGAGUCGAGCCAAUCCGUCGUCAGAGUCCACAGCCCCUAUUGACGAUGAACGGUCACCAAAGAGACAACGAGUAGACAACAACAACAACAACAAUAAUAAUACUAUCACACCGGAGCACGACAAGCCCCGAGCCCGUAUUCCAACCUCAGCCGGGCCGAGAAUCCCAAGUCUGAACGGCCAUCAUCACCGCUCAUCCAACAUGCCGUCACGACCCCCACAAGCACAAGCACAGGCACAAGCACGUAGCCAUACCAUCCCACGCCACCCGUACGGCAAGGGCAGCAAUCCAGCUGACGAUCCGAUCCAGCAGCGUAUCGACGAGAUAGUCUCGCAGAGCAUGUCGCCAGAGAACACCGCCAGCAGCACUGCACGCCGUCGCGAGAGGGAGAGGGAUGGUGGUGAUAGGCGGCUCUCGACAACCUCGACCUCCAGCCGGUACGACUCCAGACGAGAUCGAGAUCGAGAUCGGGAGGUGGACGACAGGCCUCCUCCCCCGCCGCCACCGCCAGAGGAAGUUCCUCCUCCACCGGAAGAUGAGGGGAGCGAAGAGGGAGAGGUUUAGCUUAGAGAUAACUACUAGAAGUUUAGAAGUAUCCUUACAACAAACAACUCUAACAAAGUACGCCUAUUGCCUAUUUUUUUUUUUUACUCUAAAUCAUGAUUAUGCUUUUUUCCC